AUGGCGACGCUCGGGACGCUGGGAACGGCGCGAGGCGGCGGCGACGCGCGCGCCGACGACGACGCGGCGGUGGUCGAGUUUUACAUGCCGUGGUGCGGAGCCUGUCAACACUUCGCGCCGGAGUUCGCGGAAGCGGCGAAUGCGAUAAAGGAUCGCGUCGCGGCGUACGCGGUGGAUUGCACGAAGGAGGGAGCGAUGUGUAAGACGUUCGGCGCGACGUCGUAUCCGACGGUGUUGCUGGGCGAACCGGGCGCGUUCGCGCGGCGGGAGAUGGAUAAGUUAAAGAAGUUUACGCGGACGAACGUCGCGGCGGAAGUGGUGAAGUGGGUGGAUGAGGAAUUGGGGACGACGUACGCGACGCGAGGCGCGGGUGCGAGGGCGGUGGAGAACGCGCGGAGGAGCGACGAGGAACGUCUCAUCACGCGCCGGGGGCGAGAAGAGGCGACGAGUAGAGAUGGGAGCAAGGUGACGUGGACGAAAUUCGCGAACGUAGCGGAUUUAGAACGCGCGACGAUCGAGAUGUACGCGCAGAUGACGUCGGAAGCCGUAUUCGUGUCCUCGCCCGAGGCACGACAGGCGUUCGAGAGCUUUCUCGCGUUCGCGAGCGAGACGCAUCCCAUCGAGACUUGCCACCGCGGUUUGACGAAUUUGCUGACCACGCUCGAUGACAAGUGGCCAAAGGAUGGACGUGCCACGACGGGAAUGAUUCGCGCGGCGCUCACGCUGGAUGUUCGAGUUUGCGGCAAGCCGCGAGGCGAAGACGUCACCAUCGUCCCGCAAUGGGUCGAGUGCGCCGGCAGCGUUGCGGGCUUGCGGGGAUACACGUGCGGAGUAUGGAUGCUCUUGCACUCCCUGGCGGUUCGUGUUCCGGGAUCGUCGAUCACAAACAUGGAAUUCAUUCACGCCAUCGAGGGAUGGGUGCGGCAUUUUUUUCCGUGCGAAGAGUGUCGGACGCACUUUUUAUCGCUCAUCGAGAGCCCGGCGACUGGGUUCGGUGAUUUCAUCCAACGCACGGAUGGUGCGUCGAUGUGGUUAUGGAAGGCGCACAACAUCGUGAACGCGCGCUUGGCGGCGGAGGACGCGAAGGAGAUCCCCAACGAAGUCAAUAUUCGAACGGGGGACGUUUUGGCCAAGAGCGACCCGUCGCAUCCCAAGGUGCAAUUCCCGCCAAAGUCGCUGUGUCCAUCUUGCUACGAGCGCACCGCAGGCGGUGAAGACUCGUGGGACGAAGUUCACGUGUCAGAAUUCUUGUCGUCGUAUUAUUUGGCGAGUGACGAGCGGCGACAACCGGACUUGAACGCCGCUACGAAGAAGGCGGAAUUUCUCGCCAGCGUCUUAGACGCGUCCAGCAUGCGCGACGAAGCCUCGUCGCGAUUGCGCAAGGCGCUGAAUUCGGGUGAAGACGUGUUUACCGUUUACGAUGUGUUCUGGAUGAGCGCGCGGACUUUCUCCAUGUUUGCGUUCAUCCUCUUCAUGGCUGUCAAAUCGGGGGCGCUGAGUCUGUUUCACAGACGAGCGCGCGGCGGGAAUACGUCCCCGCGCAUCACGACGUACGCGCGCGGGAAAUACGCGUAA